CACGUCGAGGCGCUUGUGCCCGGAGCCGCUGAGGCUGCGGGUUUGGCUGCGGCGGCUUCUGUGGCGGCGUCAGGGCCGGCGGCUGGAGGUUGGAGAGACGCCCUGAGCCUCCGUGAGCGGUGCUGCCUGCCACCAUGGGGGAGCUCUUCCGGAGCGAGGAGAUGACGCUGGCCCAGCUCUUUCUGCAGUCGGAAGCUGCCUACUGUUGCGUCAGUGAGCUGGGGGAGCUCGGCAAGGUCCAGUUCCGUGACCUAAACCCAGAUGUGAAUGUUUUCCAGCGGAAAUUUGUGAAUGAAGUGAGAAGAUGUGAAGAAAUGGACCGGAAGCUUCGAUUUGUGGAGAAAGAAAUAAGAAAAGCCAACAUCCCGAUCCUGGACACUGGAGAGAACCCCGAGGUGCCCUUCCCCAGGGACAUGAUUGACCUGGAGGCCAAUUUUGAGAAGAUUGAAAAUGAACUGAAAGAAAUCAACACAAACCAGGAAGCUCUGAAGAGAAACUUCCUGGAAUUGACUGAAUUAAAAUUUAUACUUCGAAAAACCCAGCAGUUUUUUGAUGAGGCUGAAUUGCAUCAUCAGCAGAUGGCGGAUCCAGACCUGUUGGAAGAGUCCUCAUCACUCUUGGAGCCAAGCGAGAUGGGACGAGGCACGCCUCUGAGACUUGGCUUCGUGGCUGGUGUGAUUAACCGGGAGCGCAUCCCGACGUUCGAGCGCAUGCUGUGGCGGGUGUGCCGGGGCAACGUGUUCCUGCGCCAGGCCGAGAUCGAGAGCCCCCUGGAGGACCCUGUGACUGGCGACUACGUGCACAAGUCUGUGUUUAUCAUUUUCUUCCAAGGCGAUCAGCUGAAAAACAGAGUCAAGAAAAUCUGCGAAGGGUUUCGAGCCUCGCUCUAUCCCUGUCCGGAGACCCCGCAGGAGAGGAAGGAAAUGGCUUCCGGAGUGAACACCAGGAUCGACGAUCUCCAAAUGGUGCUGAAUCAGACGGAGGAUCACCGCCAGAGGGUCCUGCAGGCCGCGGCUAAGAACAUCCGGGUCUGGUUCAUCAAGGUGCGGAAGAUGAAGGCCAUCUACCACACCCUGAACCUGUGCAACAUAGACGUGACCCAGAAGUGCCUGAUUGCGGAGGUGUGGUGCCCCGUCACCGACCUCGACUCCAUCCAGUUUGCACUCAGAAGGGGCACGGAACACAGUGGCUCCACCGUGCCCUCCAUUCUGAACCGGAUGCAGACAAACCAGACUCCCCCAACCUAUAACAAAACCAACAAGUUCACUUACGGCUUUCAGAACCUGGUCGAUGCUUAUGGAAUUGGAACUUACCGAGAGAUAAAUCCAGCUCCAUAUACUAUCAUCACUUUCCCCUUUCUGUUUGCGGUGAUGUUCGGAGACUUCGGCCAUGGCAUUUUGAUGACCCUUUUUGCAGUGUGGAUGGUGUUGAGGGAGAGCCGGCUCCUCUCCCAGAAGAACGAGAAUGAGAUGUUUAGCACUGUGUUCAGUGGUCGCUACAUUAUCCUGUUGAUGGGCGUGUUCUCCAUCUACACUGGCCUCAUCUACAAUGAUUGCUUUUCCAAGUCUCUCAACAUCUUUGGGUCAUCCUGGAGUGUGCGACCGAUGUUCACUUUAUCUAACUGGACGGAGGACACCCUUCGGGGGAACCCCGUGCUGCAGCUGAACCCGUCUGUCCCUGGGGUUUUCGGUGGACCGUACCCUUUUGGCAUCGAUCCGAUUUGGAACAUUGCUACCAACAAACUGACCUUCCUCAACUCCUUUAAGAUGAAGAUGUCUGUUAUCCUUGGUAUCAUCCAUAUGCUGUUUGGAGUCAGCCUGAGCCUUUUCAACCACAUCUAUUUCAAGAAGCCCCUGAACAUCUACUUCGGAUUUAUCCCUGAGAUAAUCUUCAUGACCUCUCUGUUUGGCUACUUGGUCAUCCUUAUCUUCUACAAGUGGACGGCCUACGAUGCACACACUUCGGAGCAUGCGCCAAGCCUCCUGAUCCAUUUCAUAAAUAUGUUCCUCUUUUCCUACCCGGACUCUGGCAGCUCGAUGCUGUAUUCUGGACAGAAAGGAAUCCAGUGCUUCCUGGUGGUGGUUGCGCUGCUGUGUGUGCCAUGGAUGCUGCUGUUUAAGCCCCUGGUCCUUCGCCGUCAGUACUUGAGGAGGAAGCACUUGGGAACUCUCAACUUUGGUGGGAUCAGGGUGGGCAAUGGACCCACAGAGGAGGAUGCUGAGAUUAUUCAGCAUGACCAGCUCUCCACCCACUCCGAGGACGCGGAAGAGUUUGACUUUGGGGACACCAUGGUCCACCAGGCUAUCCACACCAUUGAGUACUGCCUGGGCUGCAUCUCCAACACCGCCUCCUACCUGCGGCUCUGGGCCCUCAGCCUUGCUCAUGCACAGCUGUCCGAGGUGCUUUGGACCAUGGUGAUCCACAUGGGCCUGAGGGUGAAGAGCCUGGCGGGAGGUUUAGCGCUCUUCUUCAUCUUCACCGCCUUUGCCACCCUGACCGUGGCCAUCCUGCUGAUCAUGGAGGGCCUCUCAGCCUUCCUCCACGCCCUGCGGCUGCACUGGGUCGAGUUCCAGAAUAAGUUCUACAGUGGGACUGGGUUCAAGUUCCUACCCUUCUCCUUCGAGCACAUUCGGGAGGGGAAGUUUGAAGAAUGAGCUGCUGGUGGGGCCCUGCCCGCCCCCCCCCCCCAUGGUGAUUGGUUGUAUUCCUUUUGCCUGUUGGUAGUGAUCCCCAGCACCAGGUGUUUGUGUCACCCCUGCCACCCAGCCCCCCAGCUGUCAUGAGCCAUUUAGAUAGAGCCAGAUCCCCUGGCGCCCCUGCCCAGCUUUGUCUGUGGUGUGACCUCCUGCAGAGAAGCUGGGCCCAGGACUUGCCCUCCCAGCCUCCCACAAGCCUUCAGGGCUGGCCUCCUCCUCCCCUCUCACCCUAGAUAAGAGGAGCACCCAUGCCCUCCCCAUGGGGACCUUGCACCCCUACUGCUGACACUGCAGGGUUGGAGGGGAGCGUGGCACGUUCUCUACCAGAAGGGGGCGCUCUUUGUUUAGCAUGCCCUACUCCAGUUAGCAGUGGUAGAUCCGAGAAGCGGGUAUUUUGUCCUUUGCCCAGCCCUCUGCAGAACUUGUUAAUCAGAACUUCAACUGGAGCCACCUGGGCCGUUGCCAGUGGCUUCUCCCCACCUUCCUACCCGCCCCCAGGAAUGCACAGACAGCCCCUGGCGGGCUCAGCAGAUGUCCUGGACGCUGCCCACAAGUACGCCCUUGGCAGAGGGUUCUUCAGAUGGACACUUCUUCCUGGGGGAGACCCUGAGCCCUUCCCCACCCCUGAUCAUGUAGUCGAGACUGGUUCUGCCUGCCAGCCUGCCUUGCUCAGUCCACCAAGGAUCCCUCCACUCUUCCCCAUGGACCUCAAGUCUUAGGGGUGGUGCCAGGGGUGGGGAAGGUCAACCCCAUUUCCUGUUUGCUGGUGGGAGCCCUGGCAGGCCCAGCAAGGCGCCACCCCAUGAGUCCCGUCCUGGGCUGCAGACCCCCAGGCCUUCUAAUCAUGUGCUGGCCUGGCAGCCCUGGCCGCGCCCGCUGAAUUCCUCCCCACUGCCCUCAAUGGUCAAGGCAAGCGUUUCUGUGGGGCUCCCUCAACUCACGGCCGCUCUGCCCCAGCUUUGCAACUUGACCGAGACCUUGUGCGUGGCCUCCCCUCCCCUGCCCCCAUUCCCAUGACCUUUGCUCUGUUUACAGUGGGGUUGGGAGCUCUCAGUCAGGGAGCCCUGCCCAAGGCCCUUCUGUUCAGACAUCCACGUGCUGAAUAAAGUGUGUUUGACCCUCCCACGGAGGCCGCCUAUCUCUGCCCACAUCCCACUUCACUCAGCCUGGCCCGUCUGAGCCCCUGUGGGGCCGGGUCUCCUCCCCACCUCCUCCAGCACUGCU